AUGGUGGCGUCCGCCAAAGGGGAAUUACUCCGUCGUGCCGAGGUCAUCCCAACUACCGAUGGUUUGGCAAGGGCGUUGUCGGGCCACUUCCCUGGCGGUUGGCGCAGCCAGUCACACCCUAGUUCGCCGGCUAUUGAAGACCACCACUUGCAUUCUGCAACAUCCCAGCGCCAGCGUGCCAGCACUCAUGGUACUCUCCAGAACCCUAUCCGUCUCAAACAUGCAAAGAAAUCUCUCGAUCGCCUGAGAACAGACUUGCCGCCUACUCUAGACACAUUUUACGUACCCCCAACUCCCACCUACGCCGUUUCCACCUCGGAUCCCAUUCCUACAGGAUAUGUUGCUCAUGCUCGAAACGCAUGUGCGAGGAUCGACUACCAGUGGGACAGCAUGCGCACGCCUUAUUGGGGCACAGGGGGCGAAUUCGGCGAGGAAUGGAGUACAAUGCACGAACGGGUGCACAAUGGAUUUCAGCACAUGAUUAACUGGUACCGGGAACAGGAUCUAUCUGAACACGGUUUCACAGCAGAGCCGAACGAGGUAAAUGACUGCAAUGCACAAACGGUCCUCGUUAUUAUCACACAUGGCGCGGACUGCAAUGCUUUGAUUAGUUCGUUGAAUGGGCACUCAGUCUUACUCGAUAUUAACACAGCUUCACUCACCAUGGCUGUGCGACGUAAUCGCGUGAAUAAACCCAUGCAUGACGUGGGUGAUACGCCUAUAUUUCCGGGCCCAGAGAAUCAAUCCGUAUCACGAGAGUACUGCUUGCAGCUUGUGGCGUCGACAGAUCAUCUGCGCCCGGGAAUAAACCCCUCGCAGCUCAUCUCGCUGUCAUCACCCGUCCCUGUACUUUCACCACCUCCGGUUCCUUCCUAUCGGAAUCGUCUUGGUGCUCGCCCAUCUCUUCUUCAAGAAACAGUAACAAAUGGGCCACCUAGUACUAGCCCUCGAGCAUGGAUGCUAGCAAUACGCCCCUCAACUGGUUCACCUAAUUCUCCAGGUGCCUCUGGGCUUUGGAACUCGAUCUCGUCACCCACUGGCAAAGUCGAUGCAGAGGACAAUCUUGUGCCGAACUUUGGUGACCGGCCGGUCAGUCAGGAUUCAGCACUCUCUGGUAGCUUUGAUCCAUCUGCAGAUCUGGGCUGGACGAAGCAGUUACCACAACGGGCUCUGUCUCAGCGUGGUCUAUGGGGGAGUGCUCAGCCAUUGGGUGAUCGUGAAGGUGGAACGAAACGGCGAUGGACAGUGGCGGAACAAAAGCUGUGA